GAAAGGGAAAAUAGGCAGGUAGAGAGAGAAAAAGAGGGAGAGGGACAGGGAGAGAAAGCUGUAUUCCACAUGGCCUCGCUGCCUCUGGGUCCUCAAACCCACCACCACCACCACCACCACCUUCCGCCGGAACACGACCCUCUCAAACCUCCUUUCCGCCGCCCCGACCACCUCGACUCCGACAAGGAAAUGUCAGCUGCUGUUAUUGAGGGGAAUGAUCCAGUCACUGGUCAUAUAAUUUCUACCACCAUUGGAGGCAAAAAUGGAGAGCCUAAACAGACCAUCAGUUAUAUGGCAGAGCGCAUUGUAGGCACUGGAUCGUUUGGAAUUGUUUUUCAGGCAAAAUGCUUGGAAACUGGAGAAACUGUCGCAAUAAAAAAGGUCUUACAAGACAGGCGGUAUAAAAAUCGUGAGCUGCAGUUAUUGCGCUUGAUGGAUCACCCAAAUGUGGUCACCCUGAAGCACUGCUUCUUUUCCACAACAAGUAGAGAUGAACUUUUUCUGAAUUUGGUAAUGGAAUAUGUUCCUGAGACUAUGUACCGGGUCUUGAAGCAUUAUAGCAAUGCUAACCAGAGGAUGCCUCUCAUAUAUGUCAAACUUUAUACAUAUCAAAUUUUUAGGGGGCUGGCCUAUAUUCAUACAGUGCCUGGGGUUUGCCAUAGGGAUGUGAAGCCUCAAAAUGUUCUGGUUGAUCCUCUCACCCAUCAGGUUAAGCUUUGUGAUUUUGGAAGUGCAAAGGUUCUGGUCAAGGGUGAAGCAAACAUAUCAUACAUUUGUUCUCGCUACUACCGGGCCCCAGAACUUAUAUUUGGUGCAACUGAAUACACAACAUCGAUUGAUAUUUGGUCAGCUGGUUGUGUUUUUGCUGAGCUUCUACUAGGCCAGCCCUUGUUUCCUGGAGAGAGUGCAGUAGACCAACUUGUUGAAAUUAUAAAGGUUCUUGGUACUCCAACUAGAGAAGAAAUUCGAUGUAUGAACCCGAAUUAUACUGAUUUCAGGUUUCCUCAGAUCAAAGCUCAUCCUUGGCACAAGGUGUUUCACAAACGGAUGCCUCCUGAAGCUCUUGAUCUUGCUUCACGACUUCUUCAAUAUUCACCGAGCCUUCGCUGCACUGCUCUAGAAGCAUGUGCUCAUUCUUUCUUUGAUGAGCUCAGGGAACCUAAUGCCCGCCUUCCAAAUGGCCGCCCUUUACCCCCGCUGUUCAACUUUAAACAGGAAUUAGCUGCAGCUUCACCAGAACUGCUGCAUAGGCUGAUACCAGAGCAUGUCCGCCGGCAAGUUGGUCUCAGUUUCCCCCAUCCUGCUGGCACGUAAAUGAAGAGACAAAAUAUGGAACGGAACUAUUUGGCUAGCUGAUGGAGGUGAAGCAAUGAAGGUGGCCUCUUGGGGUCUCUAUCAAUGAGGCAUUCUGGCCUAAUUGGCUGUUUUCUCGCCCUGCGAAGAUGUAUACGUAUAUAUAGUGGCUGUUCGGCUUAACUGGAAAUUGGUGAUUCUGUCUACUACAUCGUUUUAGCUUAAAAAAAGAAAACUGUUUUACUUGUGUACAUUGUUUUGAUCGUAAAGAUUUCAGAAAGCAAGCUAAGUGGUAUGAAAGAUGAUGGCGCAAUUCAUAUGUAGCUAGGCGUAGGUGGGUCUGUAAGUGCAUCUGCAGCUGGAGUGCCCCUACGGUAGUUUGGCUGUCUUGUACUUGAAAAAAAUUCGUGAUGUUUCUACUUAUGUUUGUGGUGGAUUGUGGUCGCGGACUAGAUUUCCCAGUUUUAAGGUUGGUUUGGUUGCUUUUCUUGUGUAAUUAUGUUAUGGUUAACAUCUGUAUAAAUCUACAUUAAUCUUUUGGCGA